AUGGCCAUCGACAACAAGUUCUUUAAAGGGAUGUACUUAGAAAGUCUGCCGACGUCGGUACAAACAAUCUCGGCCUCCGGCUCAGAUGACCUACACAUAUCAAAGCUAGAGGAGAUGACCGACCGUAUGAUGGAGGUUGAGCGUUUGUUAUCCCCUACGGUGUCCAAGCCUCUCACCGUGUCCACACCUGACCUGGCUGAACUUAAGACACAAAUUGCCCAGUCGUCAGUAACUGUUGCCACUUUGCAGCUGCGCCGAUCUCCCGGUCCCUCUCCAAGUUCCUUCGGCCGUGACCGUCGUUGCUCCCGCUCUCGUACCAGGGCCGCAAGCCUAUGCUGGAAUCAUGUCAACUACGGCGAUAAGGCGAGGCGCUGUGUCCCACCCUGCUCGUUUAAGUCCACGCAGGGAAACGCCUCGGCCGGAGAUAAAAUGUUGCUGAGCUCUCUGGCAACUCUACGGGUCGCACCUAUUACGUCAGUCAUAACACGAAUGGCAGGCAUUUAUAGUCGACACUGGCGCUUAAACUAGUGUUAUCCCUCCUACGUCAGCCGAGUGACCUUGCCCAAACCACGGGCUUUAUCUUCAAGCCGUAAACUCAUCCGCAUUACAACCUUUUGAUUUCUAUCCUUCUCUCUGGAUAUUGGUUUCCGGCGAUUAUUCCUCUGGACAUUUGUGACUGCUGAUGUUCCCACCACUAUUUUGGUGCUGAUUUUUGGCCGUCCUUGACCUUCUGGUGGAUUGCAGACAUAUUCGCCUCCAUGGUCGCGCAACUACCCUCAUCGUCAAAGGAUUUCCUCCAUCCUCAGCUUCUAACCAUCUGUCCGUCCUUGACUUAAACCCUGACUCUCCAUUUGGUUGAAUUCUAGCAAAAUAUCCUAACUAUCAUUGAGCCCCAUUUUUCAGACACCUCAUUGCCCCAUGAUAUUGUUCAUCACAUAAAAACGACUGGUUUUCCCCUUUUCUCUCUUUCCGGUCGUCUUGCUCCAGUGCGUCUUGCGGCUGCCAAAGCUGAAUUUGAGCACAUUCUACAACUAGGGAUUAUUUGACCGUCUAACAGUCCCUGGGCAUCUCCUUUGCAAAUGGUUCCUAAAUCAAAUACGAAUGACUGGCACCUUUGUGCGAUUAUAGAGUCGUAAACAAUAUUACUAUGCCCGAUCGGUUUCCGGUUCCUCACCUUACAGGACUUUGUCGGAGCUCUCUGUGGAAAAACCGUCUUCUUGAAGAUCGAUUUAGUCUGGGCUUUUCAUAAAAUUCCGAUUGUGACUAAGGACAUUCCCAAAACGGCAGUGACGACUCCUUUUGACUUGGUUGAGUUCCUUAGUAUGCUUUCGUAAGCUUUUGACACUGUCCCACACCAACAUCUUCUUCACAAAUUGAGCGACAUCGGCAUCCGGGGCGUUCUUCUGAACUGGAUUAGGACGUUUCUGGUUGGUCGGAAACAACGUGUCUGUAUCGGGGAUGAUAUGUCAGAAUGGGUGAAUAUGACCAGUGGUGUGCCGCAAGGCUCAGUUCUGGGACCAUUGCUCUUCAUCCUUUACGUUAACGACAGCUUUCAGGAACUCGACUGCGGCAAAAUAAUGUUUGCAGACGACGUUAAGCUCUGGCAAGUCAUUAAGGGUCCGAAUGAUCAGAGAUCCCUUCAAGAUAAUCUGCACCGACUGCAGACGUGGUCGAAGAAAUAGCUUAUAGAUUUCAAUGUGGAGAAGUGUGCCGUCCUUCAUCUGCGUCCAACCAACUCUCAUUCAAAUGAGAGUCUUAGGAGUUAUCACCUGAAAGAUAUAAGGCUCCCCGCAGAAUCUUCACAGAAGGAUCUCGGGGUUUGGAUACAGAACAACCUGAAACCAACACUGCAGUGUCACAAGGCUGCAAAAAACGCCAUGGGAGUGCUGCAUGCAAUAAAAAGUGCUUUCGUAAAUUUUGACCAAAAAGUUUUUUGGAGAGUUUACGGCACAUUUGUUCGGCCCCACUUAGAAUAUGGCAUACAAGCAUGGCGUCCAUGGCUGGUAAAGGACCAAGAAUGCCUCGAACGGGUACAACGGUGUGCAACAAAGCUGGUAAACGGUCUAAAAAUCCAUUUCUACACAGACAGACUGAAUUGCCUUAAUUUAUUCCCUCUGUGUUACAGGCAGCAAAGAGGUGAUCUUAUCCUCGUCUACAAGAUAAUACAUGGCCUUGAGUAUGGACUUAAAUUUGAGGACAUGUUUUAGUGGCAUCUUUCACCCAAUCUUCGUGGUCACUCGAUGAAGUUCCGGACAACAAUGUCCAGGCUGAAUCUUCGUUCUGAGUUUUUCACGCAGAGGGUAGUGGAGAAAUGGAACGAUCUCCCUCAGUCAGUCGUGGAGUCUACAUCCCUGCAACUCUUCAAGAAACGCUUGGAUGAUUAUUUGUGUCCCCUGUUUUCCCUCGACGGUCUGAAUCUGAACUUAUACCCCUGAUUCCCACAAAUACUUCCUUUAAGACAAUGCUACUCAAAUGAACCAAGUACUGUUUUUAUGGUGAAUAUUUUUUGUUCGUGUACAGUUAUUUCUAAUGAGCUGACAUGUAAUUAAUAGGGUUUUCAAAGGCUUUGCCUAUUAUCCUUACCAAAUAAACUAAAAUAAUCUGAAAUGCCUCACAGACUUGUCAACGUUUCAUUGACCGUUUUUUACGUUAUCUUCCAUUUUUAAUGCGUAUAUUGAUGAUGUUCUCGUCGCCAGUUGAAACGUCGAGGAACAUCUCCAAUACCUUACCCUGCUUUUCGACCGAUUUCAGCAGUUUGAUAUCCCUCUGCAUACUGACAAAUGUGUACAAGGGGACACUUCUCUUGUGUUCUUAGGUCAUCUGAUAGAGUCAUACGGCAUUCGACCUCUUUCCUCAGAGGUUGCCGCCAUUCGGGUCUACUCCCUACCUCGAAGCAUCAGUUGCAACGAUUCCUUGGUAUGGUGAGCUUUUAUCGCCGGUUUCGCCCGAACUGUGCCGAUACCAUCCUACCUCUGAUCAGUCUCCUCUCAGGUUCUAAGCGCACCCUUAACCUAACAUCAGUAGCAAUCACGUCAUUUGAGCAAGUAAAAGCCCUUUUGGCUGAUGGUACCCUCCUGACUAACUUUCAUGCUGAUGCUCCCAUAUAUCUGAUGGUCAUUGCCUCUAAUGUUGCUGGUGGCGCGGUUUUGCAACAAAGUUUGCCAGAUUCUACCUUGUUUUUUGCUUUCUGCUCCAGGAAACUAUCCAAGGCCGAAACUCGCUACUGCACAUUUGAACGUGAACUUUUCGCUGCUUAUCUUGCCGUUGGGCACUUCUGGGAUUUACUCAAAGGUCGAGAGUUCACAAUUUUCACAGAUCAUAAGCCACUCAUCUCUCCCACCCUGGGAGUCGAUCAACCGACAAGCCGGUUCCGACCGUUUCGUCUGGCCUGGGAUAAGCAAAGACCUGAAAGCACGGACACGAGCUUGAAUUGCCUGUAAACGGAGUAAAAUCCAGCGGAACAACAAGGCCCCCAUUGGCACCUUCCCCGGCCCUGGUUAAAGGUUUAACUACGUUCACCUGCAUAUUGUUUGUCCCCUGACUCUGUCCAAUGAUUUUUCCUAUCUCCUCACCUGUGUGGAUCUGUUCACUCCGUGGCCUGAAGCAAUUCCCAUGCCUAAAAUUGCUGCUCCAAUGGGGGUCCAAGCUUCUCGCAGUCGUUGGGCUGCUAUCUUUGGUGCACUAUCCACAGUCACGACUGACCGUGCUGCCCAGUCUGAGUCUAACCUCUUCCAGUCUUUACUCUCCUUUUUAGGUUGUACCCGCAUUCGGACGACAACCUAUCACCCGGCUGCAAACGGAAUGGUCAUACGGUUUCACCGCCAGCAGAUGGCCUCCGUACGCGCCGCAGCCGAUCCGGAGAACAGGACGGACCACAUUCCCCUGGUCCUCUUGGGCAUCCGCUCCGAUCUCAAGCCGGACCUUGACUGCUCCGCAGCCGAACUAAUGCUCACCACCGUCCGACUCCCGGUGAGGUGAUCUCGCCAACCCCGCGAGGCGCAGUUGAGGAUUCCACCAACCUCCUGCAUCGCCUCCGGCAGCUUGUGCGGACACUUUCUCCUGUUCCUCCCAGGUCUUUCGCCUCUCCGUCUUUUAUCAAGAAGGACUUGGCAACGUGCUCUCACGUCUGCCUUCAAUGUGAUCGAGUCCGCCGGUCUCAGGAACCACCCUAUGACGGCCCAUCCGGGUGCUCUAUCACGGGACGAAGAAUUUUAGCAUUCAACGCGACAGUCGUGAGUGAGGACCGCCUCAAGGCUGCUAUCCACGACACUCUUCCGGAUGAGCCCUGUGGUCCUUUACCUUCUGCUUCCCCACCUGAAGCCUCUAUUCCACCGUGUUGUAUUUUCCCUCUGCUCUCCUGACCGCUACCUCGGACUGUCAUCAUCAAUUCAACACUUCCGCCACCAGAUGUAUUUACACUUCUACGGACGACUCUGUAUAUAUCACUCGCAGUGGUCGUCAUGUGCACUUUCCUGAUCGGUUGGUCACUCAUUUGUUUUAGACUUGCGCAUAUCCUUCGGCGUCGUUUUCGCCGCCCUUUGGGCUCGGAGGGGGGGGGGGUACUGUGCCGAGGAGCCAGACUAUCUCGCCUUUCGCUACCUGUUCCUCAUUCUUAAACUAACUGGUUGUUUAACUGAAUGGAUGGAACACAACACAACGUGACGCGCUCGGCAUGUGUUGGAUUGUCAGUUCGUUUGACUUCUGAUUGUUAAUUCCUUCAUAACUCUGGUGUUAUCCUGACAUCCAUAGUCUGCGAUUGACGGUUCUGUCCUUAGCGCACGGGACAGGUGUUCGGAGUAAUUCCUGGUGCGUUGAAGUCGCCCAUGAUCAUAAUGUUAGGUUUGCCGGAAUAUUUCUUCACCUGCUGCAAUAGUUGCGUGUAGGCGAUUUGGUCUGUUCUACGUUGUCAGUAGACAGUGAGGACAUAGAUUUUAGGGACUCCAGUAGCUUUGGUGGUCGACCAAAUUGCUUCUGUGCUGCACGAAAACUUUUUGGUGUUUUCCGACACUGUCAGGCCUUCAUUCGCAGAGACGACUGCACCACCACCCUCACAAUGUUAUCUGUUUCUCAGAUAAAUUUGGUUUUCAGGGAAGGCUAUUUCACUAAAGCUGAUAUUUUUAGAUAGCCAGGUUUCGGUUACUGCUAAAACACCCGGAGAUAGUUCGGCAUGGUAAAGUAAUAGACCGUCUAGUUUCGUUACGACAUUUUAGUAUUAGUAUGCAAGCACCUCAAUUUUGCUCCAAACGGCUUUCCGGCUACAUUUUUGGCUGAGUUGAGCAUUACUGCGUUACCUCUAACGUCAAUUUCUCAGGACUCUUCAGCUAAAGAAUGGGUUCUACCAAAUUUCAGGUCUGACUACAUUCGAUUCAGACAAGCCCUGAAUGACCAGACACUGUUAGCAAACAUGGUCCGCCAUAUUUUUUUCUUUCCAGAGAAGCCUCUGCAUGUGAGCGGGGACUGUUUACGGAUUUGUUGCUUGUACGCAAACUUUUGCAGUCAACCCACUAUCCAGAGCAACCCAUCAGGGCUAGGUGUGACUUUAGACACCUGUUGUUGCGUUUCAUCUCCAAUCUACCCAAUGGUUAGUUUAUUCGCAUUCAAAUACGUCCUGUGUAGAGCACUCGAGGUGUUUGCGAGAACAAGAGGGCAGCAGUAGACUGGAUGACCUAGUUAUAUCACAUCUUGUCAAAGGGAAAACCCGUCGCUUAAAGCAAAAGGCUUAGGCGAGUUGUGACAUCGCAUAAGUUAUUUUGCGUGGGAAUCGAAUCUGCUCUUAUCGGCGGCUUCAUUUUCGUUGUCCUGCUGUUACCGGCGUCUGCGAUUUUAGCUACUGAGUUGAAAUCCGUGUUUAAGGAUACCCCUAGGAGAUAUUUUUUUGCGUUUUUGAGUUUUGCUAUUCGUUUUUGGGACUCUUACACUGGACACGCUCUCGUAAUCUAGGGUCUGUUUCACGAACGCCCUGGAAUCAGCAAGCUCCUUUUCGAGUUCUUCUACUUUGCUUUGGAUAUCUGCGCACCCAACACAAGGCUCGUCUUCGUACCUCACACGUUUUGCAGUAAUUACGCUUUUUGCACGCUUUUCUGGUCGUUGGCUGGAAGCGCAGGUACAGCGAGCACAGGUUCUGAAUGCGAAGGUCAUCCCACCAGACUCAUAUUCAACGAGGUGCCGUCGCUGUCCGUACUAUUUCACUUAAAUUGCUGAGACUCCAUAAACAUCGUCGUCAUAUAAUAGGCAGAGUUGCGCUUUCGAUGUUAUAAUGAAAACGUCGGAUUGUUUAUGACGAACUGAGGUGAGUAUUCAAAACCCAAUAGGCGAAAAACUACUUAAAAUCUCAUAAAUCUUAUGGAUUUUAAUCUGAAACGACUGAGCCCUUUGCAGAUCUCUUAGGACUGGAAUAACUUCAGACCUGGCAAGAUUUUGAGCCAAUGUUUUUCCAGGGUGUAAUAAACCGCAAGUUAGUUGAGUGGUCAGUUGAAACGUGCUGAUAAACAAAUUACACUUGGUUCAGUUUCUUGGGGGAUUUCGACGAGUGAAACAAUAUUCAAAGGUGCACAAAACUAUUUCGUACGUUCGGUUUCAGUAUGAAUGUCACAGACGAAAACUGUGAAGUGGUAACCAAGUCGAAAUAGUCCCGGUUGGAGCGCGGAAUAAUUCCAUUUCUCUCAGUCGGGCUUAGCUCAGCGUUCAUGUAAAGGGAAGUUCUUUUUUAUGGACGGAACACUCGUCGGCCCUUUGUCUGCCCUAACACAUUGAGGUGAUGGCUUCAAAAAUGAAGCAAAUGUCCAUUUGUUGAUCCCAUCGGCUAACAUGUUCCAAAUCUGCUGACAAGGACGAGGCACACUGGAACUGUGGUUCAUCCAUUCAAAUGAUUUUAUGUGUAUAUUUCCCGUUAUCACUCUCAUACAUAAUGAUAUGAGCAGGCAGUCCUGACAAGAAUAGAUGUCCAUAUUUAUUCUCAAAAGUCUUUACUAUUUUUCUACAAUGAAGCGCUGCCUUAUUGCAGUACGUGGUUUGUGUAAGGUUCACGGACAUUAGAAAAGCUAAAUACGAUUCCGCUAUCAAGACAGUAACAGAUAGCUUUGGGCGUUAGUUAUGAAAGCCCUAAAGAAUACCCCAUCUGCUUUUGCUUUCGAGUGCUGCCCUCUCUGCACCCCCAUUUGUAUAUUGACUUUGCCCUGCAAUGGACAUUGCAUAUUUUGCCUCUCACCAACAAUGGAUCGAUGGUUUUAGGCAGUUCGUCGUCAGCACACUGAGGACCUUGUGGACUUCACGUCAUGUGAAGCUGCACCAUUGAGAAGGUAGUUUCUCGUGCUGAGACAUUCGGUCUGGAUAUUCAGACGAUGUGUCAUUUACUUACCAGUGAUUUGACCACUAGUCCAACAGAUUUUGUCGCAUCUGCAGUCUAUUUUUACCGGUAGGACCUUGAAUUACACUCUUAACUUUCAUGUUGUGAGCGAAAAUUGCUGCUUCAUUGCGUAAAUCAUUUGCGCAAUCGUCCACGUAUAGUAGGAGCAAAAUUGUUCGCAGUACUGGACUCUGAGGAACAUCACUCUCUACGACAGCAGGGUCUGAUUUCCCUUGGCCGAUGCACUUAACGUAGUGCCGACCCCCAAUGAAGUUUUUAAUCCAUUUAAGAAAGUUGCCACUGAUCCUUAUUUUUUUCCUGCUAGUAUAACAAUCUAUAGUGUGACACGGCGUCAAAUAUCUUUUAGAAGACAAUAAAAGCAACGUGAGCUGCAUGCUUGUCAUCGGGAGCUCCGGUCGAACUCUGGAGAGAUGACAGCAGAUUUGUCGUGCAGGAUCUUGCUUUUUUAUCUCGUGUUUGCUGUUCAUAAAAAGGUUUUGAACAUCUGACAAUUGCACUGAUUCGCUCUUAGUGAAUCACUCAAAAUUAUACUGAGAAUGCAUGCUAGGCUGACGGACUGGUAAUUAGUCGUCGAUGCUCUGCUACCGCUUUUAUACACUGGACUUUUAUCCAGCAGCUCCAGUCGAUAGGGCGUGUUCCAGUAUAAAAUUGCCUUUGAAAGUGCACUGAACAUAUAAUGCGCGCUGGCUUCAACCGGACUUCUUUCAGAUGCCUUAUUAUGCUACCGCUCUGACGAUGCUCUUUGUCCCUAGGAUAUAUUUGGUAUUCAGUUAAUGUUAUUUAAUUAUUUUGAAUAUUUCCGGUCAGCCAGGAUUCCGGUACUGUUAUAAAAUCUGGAGACCGUUCGAUAAGGCAAAUUUUAGCUGAUUAAAUUUAGAUGUGGGGCUUUGGACAUUUGUAUAGAAGCACUUACAAUUUGCGGCUGUUGUUGACAGUACUGCGUUGCCGCGCAUCUUAUUUUCGCCGACGCGUUCUGUUGCUUGAUGGGUUUCAUUGACGUCCGUUUUCUCGGUCAGAACACUAAUCGUUAGAAGUUAAGGAAUGCUGUCACUUCGAGCAGCUGGUUCCGCGAUGGUGUCGGCGUUACCGCAGUGAUUGAAUUCCGUCCGACAUUUGCUCACUGGACACACUGCAACGCCAUAAAUUCCUCCCAACAUAUUUUCCCCUUAACGAUAGCCAGGUUGUUAUCACCACACUCCAGUCUCGACUUUAAUUGCGUGACAUGUUUCAGGCAUUUUAGCCGUUUAGUUGGAGGGUAAUCCGGUUUAAAAAACCUGCUUGUGUGCGUUUCCGAGGAUGGAUUUUCGACAGGACCAACGUGAUUUGCCUUUUGUUCUGCAGCAUAAUUUCGAAAGGAUGAAACGGUUGUGCCGUAGUCCUCUAUUCACCCCUUUUUCCUAUUGGGAAUUUCAGUACAGUUAAGUUCAGCUUCGUUUUAUAAAGAAAAUGUAGACGGACGACUUUUAACCCCCUACUGGUUACAAAUCGUUUGAGAAAAGCAAGGAGAAGUGGAAAGUUGAAACAGACAUUUUGCACACAGUUGCAAGCGAAAAGAAGGAAGCUGCUAACUAGUACCGAAAUAGUAAUCAUUAGCGCAUAUAAGUUGGGUGAUGGGUUAUGCGAGUGAAUGUGUGGCUGCUAACUAGGAAGCUUAAUACGCGUCAAUACAGAAGGAGAGUACAGCAUCAGCAACCAGGGAUACAAUCACUCUGCACAGGAAAAGAACUUUUGUCCAUUGAUCCUUGCUUUACCUGCGCGUAUGUUUUGGAGAUAACUGCUCAGAGUGCACAUGUUAACUUAAGUGGAGCCAUCACUUGCAGCCAAACAGCAGUCUAGACCGUUUAUAAUGUGGAGUGUUAGCAUAAGGCCGCCGCUUGAAAUUUGACAGGGCUUUCAGAUUGCCUGUCAUUUUUGUCGCCCGCCCCUGAACCUUCAUUCAGCCGGUAGUGUCUUUGACAGUCCAGGGUAUCCAUGCCUGUGUGCAUAUUCUAGAUGAGAUCGCACGAAAGUGCCAAAUAACUUGGAAAAGCUGUCAGUAUCAAGUCCCAUAAAUUUGCAAUGUAGCCAUGACCGAAUCAGUCGCCAUCGCGAAGUUGGUAUGAGAGAAGAGGUAAUCCACAUGCCCGAGUCCUACUGGCCGUAACAUGUUUGCAGUGGUUUGCCGUGAAGAAAAAUCGUCCUCAGUCUGGGGGCUCUGCGGCUGCUGACGUGAAGAAAGUAGCACUUACCCACAUUUCAGGACAUGUGUCAGCACUAUGACCAGUCCUUGAGCCUGUUAAUGUUGUUCUGCAGGUGGUGUCCGUCUGCCGCAUUUUACGUCGUCAGCAAACAGGAUGGCAUCACAGUCUGGGUCCUUGACGCAGUCACUUAUGAAAACGAAGAAUAACGUGGGGCCUAAGACUGAGCCCUGUGGGAGGCCAAUCACCACGCCUACCUCCGUCGACCGCUGGCGCCCGACCUGCACUCUUUAGGACCGUCUAGUCAAAAAAACAGAAUCAGAAGAAAAAGCGAUCGCUGGAACAAUGCGAAUAAAGUCGUUUUUCCAGCGAUCGCUUCUUCUUCUGAUCAACUAGUUCCUGGAACUCGCAUCUUCGCUUGUAUCGGCAAAACUCUGAAUUCAUACAAGACGGCGUCCACAAAUAUGUGCGUUUCGCAGUUUUUAUAAGACACGUUGAUGAUAAACGCCGUCGAAGGCCUUUUUAAAGUAGAUGCAAAUGGCGCAUACCACAUAACCCUUGUCGUUUGUGUUGGUUCAGCGUUCGAAUGGAAAGAGCAGACUCAUGAGACGGGACUAACCAAUUCAAAAGAAGUGUUGGACAUUAAAGAGGAUGUGAUGCUACUCGAUAAUAUACAUCAAUACUUCCUAAUAGUUUUCUCUAAGAUUUUGCAACAAAUGAACGUAAGACUCACUGGUCUGUAGUUAGGCGCAGCUGAGUAAUGGUUGCGGACUUCCAGUCGGAGGGUAUACUCCCAGUAGCAAAUGACUUUUAAAAGAGAAAGGUUACCGGUUUGGACAUUUUGGGAACUAACUCAAUCAGCAGUUUGAGUGGGAUUAUAUCAGGGCUUGGUAGGGGCGAUACUUUCAUUUUUAAUUACUGUUUUCGAGCGCGAUAAAUUUCGUGAAGAAGACUUUUUUUAUCGUAGGUCUUCCUUUAUAUUCACAGGUUUGUUUGUCACUACGGACAGGAGGAAGUAAGAGAGAGUUUCAGCCUUUCCCUUGUCAUGUGAGAUUUCCGCGCCGUCGGCCAUUCAGAGUAGUUGGAUGGGAUCCUUGUUCCGCCUACUGUGCCUUAUGUAGCUGUAUACGACUUUGGUUCGUUUCAAAGAUCCUUUCCGAAGACUUGCUGAUCUCAGGCGAGGAUAAUUUUGACCCGGUUGCUGUAAAUCUUAUAACUGUUUAGGAAUGGACUCCUUCUUCGCCUCUUCUGCCUACCGUAA